GUAUGAAGUGGCGCAACAGCAAGGAACGCGAACUCCUGGCGACGGGUGGCUCCCGCGAGCAGACCCUACCCAACAAGAACAAUCCGAAUCCGGACCUCAGCGACGCGGACGGCGACAGGCAGCGGAUGGACCUGAGCGACGCGAGUCCUCUCACCAGCCCCCAGAGGCCGGAGGAUCACAGUGACAACGAGGACGAUGAGGAGAUCAACGUCACGUGA